GUUAAACACAGCUUACUGUAUAUAGUAGAAAGUUACUAACUAAAGAAUGAAGCAGAAAGAAUUGCAUUGCUUUGUGUAUGCCAGCUGUGUUCAGACACACACAUUACUCAAGCACUUCCUCAAGCUGUGAUCGUUGCAGACUACAAAUUUCAGAUCUUGUUUUUCAGAGUUGAAUUUUAAACUGCAUUCUUGGGGUGUGAAGGAGGAGGUAAAAUUGAGUCUCAUUCAACCUUGUCCUGUAUUAAAACACUCCUAAUCAAAAUGCCAUAAAGUUUCCCAGCUACUAUUUGUGUGCAGGCCACUUGAAAAACUCUCCCAGUGCUGUUUGCUGUAACUUUUUAUGGAUUUGUUGAAUGUAUUUAUUCUCUUGUAUUAACAUCAGGCAGAAAGUGACUAUAAAUACCUUCAUCUCAAGCAUUUUUGAUUCACAAGCUGGAAAGUUAAAGGGAUGCUUAUUGCAUUUCAUUCCAACCUGCCCUUGCUGUAGCUUUAUUUUUCUUCUAGGAACAACUUUCUGCUACACUUUCUCCAAUUUCCGUACAACAGAGACUUUUACUUGGAGAACCACUUUCGUAUCUCCUUCUUCCACCAAAGGGUGGGAAAAAGAUUUCUGUGGUAAUGGAACUAAACCUACAAAACCAGAACAGCCAAACUUGUAAAACUUGAGCCAAUAGAAGACAUCUAUUAAAAGCACAAGCCCACAUGGAACUAAACAUAGCCUUGCUGUUCCCAUGCAUGGCUGCCUCUGUGUCAUUGCUUCCCUCCUGCAGAAGGUGGGGACACAGCCAGCUUUUUUUAUGGAAUCACAGCUCAGCCUCAAGUAACUGUGGGCAGGAAACUGUCCCUACCUCUGGGGCCUGUGAACUGAACUGCAGACUGUGUGUGUGCUUCAAGGCACCCAGAGACUCUUUCAGCUCCUUCUAAAAAACUCUAUGAAAGUUCCAUUAUCCAUGUGACAGUCCUUGAACAUGAACCAAAUGUGCAACCUCAGAAAAAUCAAUGAACAAAUAGAGAGCCAAGUGUUCUCUGCCAAACCAAAGUGCUGCUCAGCCAAAUCUCCUGAAUGGGAAGCACUGACAGAGAUAACGCCCGGCAGCUGUAGCUACAACCCCACCCCACUCCAGUAACUCAGCACAAGAACUUUGCUAAACUCCAGGAGAGUCUACAAGGCCGGGGAGGGGGGAAUCCCUUUUAAGGAAGCAUUUCAUGACAGUCAAGUUGUACAUGCCCAUUCCAUUCCCUUGGACAAAGGAAGCACAAGCUACAUACAUGGUUCUGUUCCUUUCCCUGUUCUGAGCUUCUGCACCAGUUGUUAGCCAAAAAUAAACCCCACUCCACAACCAUAUAUGUGCAACAGCCUCCUGGUGAGCAUGAACCCCUCCAGCACUGCUAUUACUCCACCCAGCGAAGACACUGCCACUGCUGCUGGGAAAUGCACAUAACCCAGCUCAACCGGGAAUGCCUUCUACAUCUCUUCUCUUUUCUGGACAAAAACAGUAGGAAAAAUCUGGCAAAAACAUGUCACAAGUUACUAGAAGUGUUUCAGGAUCCUUUACUGUGGUCUUUGUUGAACUUUCAUUCUCCAGUGGAACUAAAGAAGGAUAAUUUUCUCCUGGGACCUGCUUUAAAACACUUAUCCAUCUGCUGGUAUUCAGAGAGAGUCAAGGUGUGUAACAUUGAGGACUGGAUGAAAAACAGUUUCCAGAAAGACUUCUGUAAGAGGCAUGAGAACACUGUCAGUGAUUUUUUACUAGACGUUUGCAACAGAUGUCCAAAUCUGCUGUCCCUGACCCUCUCUGGAUGUGGCCAUGUUACAGAUCACUGCAUUUUGCAGCUUCUCAAGAGCUGCCCAAACCUGAAGAGCCUCAAAGUGGAGAACUGUGUGCAGAUCACUGACCACACCCUGGAGGCAGUGACCCUCCACGGAGCAUCACUGCGAACGCUCCAUGUGGAUUUCUGCCGCAAUGUAACACAAGCUGGGCUAGAGAGAGUCAGGGAAAAGUGUCCUUCGGUGAUGCUGAGAGCAGAGAGAAGUGCUAACAUGAUCCCAGACAGUAAGCCAGGAAAAAAGCUGAUGCUUGAAAAAGGAUCAAGAAAAUUGGUUCAGCUUUAAAGUGUGGGUAUUUUACCUCACUGAGGUAGCAAUGAACUGUCACUACUUCCACGGGUUCUGGUCAAAUCCAAACGAAUUGUUGUUUUGUAAAGAGAAAAGACAUGCAUCUCUUCCUGGACAGGCUUCAGGAAAUAACUCUUUGCUCUCUGUUGUUCCUUGAAACUGGGAAACCCUGCAUUGCUGUCACAAAAUGCCAGAUCUGCUGAAAACUGCAGUUCUGGUACCCUUGUGCUGCAGAUGCCCUCACUCAGAAGAGGGAAGCAGCAGUGUGUUUAUUGAGGCCAAAUAAUUUGAUAGAGUUCAAUAAAUUUUAUGAACUUUUAAGAAAGUUUAACAGUAGUUUGGCACAGCGCAGUAAGUUUGAUGGCAAGGUUCACUGACUGCAUGGAAGAAACACAGACAGAGUGAACUGAGGCAGAAUGAGUCACACAGGGACCUGAGAUCACAACGUUAAGGAAGAGCCUCCCUCUGCGUCACGAGGUUCAGACUGGACCCUACACUUUCAAAACUCCUUAUGUAAUGGGCAAGGGCAUAAAGCCACAGCAGAGAGAGCCUGAGUCACUGGAGGAUUUUCACAAAUUUCAGGACAAGAGUGAUUUACACACUUCUGUUAAAGGGUAUUACCAGUUAUUCCAUCCACUAAGGAGGGUAACCACUUCCUGAAACAUCUUUCUAGCAAAAGCAGAGUACUGACCACCAGCACUUCCUCGGUGAUUAACAGUGGCAGCUAAUUUACCAGGCUUUUUAAUUUAAUGAGAGAAGCGUAGAUUCAAGGCACACAAAACACAGUUUGACCCUCUGCAUGAUGUACUUACAUCAAAAAGAUGCACCAAGUUAUUUUUUAAAGCUGACUUUAAAGGAAGUGUAAUCUGAACAAGUGCUAAUUCAGAGAACUAACCCACAAGAGAAGGCAGGGACUAACAGCCUGUCUUUUAAUGCUAAAUUAGGAAUACAGUACAGACCAGCUGCAUAUAAAUGCCCAUUUCUCACUGCAAAGUCCAGAACCAGCAGCUAUUUUCAUCCCAAAGCACAAGGCUGUCCCCUUCCUGCACACUGCUCUGCUACCUGGAAGUGAAACUUUUUUUUACAUACUUUUGAUGCUGUGCCACCACUGACAAAAUCUGACACCAAAGAGGACUUUACAGCUCUCAACACAACUGAAUAUACUCACUUUGUCUUCUGAUCCUGGUUAACUGAUCCACAGAUAUACUUGGUACUCUCUAAUCUGGCUGAGGUAAGAAAUAAAUCAUAGCAUUACAGCAACUUAGUCAAUUCUAGAGAAAUACUUGAUCAGUAUAAGCAUCUGUAAGAAACACUCACCCAGAAAACCGAUGAGGAAAUGAAAUUAUUCCACCUUCAUUACUUAGAGAUAUUUAACAGCAUGACACUGUAAAAGUGCUGUUUCAUUAACUCCCUCCUAAAGUUCAAGUAGGGCCCUUAUGCACCACAGGGUAAGGAAGAAAACUGGAAGUGCAGAUAAGGAGACACAGCAAUCCUCACCCAGCACUGACAGCUACGAAAGGACACUGCUGAGCUGAACAAAUUUACUGUGAUGUGGAAAUUGGGAAGCUGACAAAACUUGUACCUUGGAUACACUACAACAGUUCCACACACUGCUGACAAGCCAAAACAAGGCAUGAUCUUGUACAGUCACUGCAGCAAGCAAAGAUCUCCUCGUGCCACCAGCUCUCCCAGCACUCUGUGGUGAAAGAUGUCUCUGUAGCUGUAACAGGAACAGAUUUUCAAGUAGCUACAAGAUAUGAAAGCAUAUUUGCAUAUUUGCAUCUGUCUACAUAUUACUUAAGCCUUUUUGCCAGUUUUCUACUAGGACUUGGGGGGAGGAGGGGCAGGGUAUUUUGUGGGGUUUGUGGUUUGUUUUUUAAUUUUCUUUUAUAGAGCUAAAAAGGGUCUUCAAACACUCUCCACUUGAUUUCUUUCCCUAUUUGUUUAACAAAUGCUCUAACUUAUGACUUUGUUCUUCCCCUCCUUGAAUGGGGAUAUUUGUUCAUGACAUGGUAAAAUCUGAACACUAUUGUAUUGAUACAUUUUUUCAGCAUCAAUAAUGAAUUUUCUUACUUCACAAUCCAAUCUGAAAAUAGAGUAUAGAAAACAAUUACAUUUUACUUAGGGUAUUAUGGGAGGAUGGAAACAUGUCUACAGUUUUCUUUAGUUCCAAGCCAUUAAAGUUCCAUCAAGCACGAACCUUUAAUCAACAUCCCCUGUGAUUUUAUUGUAAACUGCCUCCAAAAAGAUCAUUAUCCAGAAAGCUAAGCACAGUCUACAUAAAACUGCCAUUUUUAGGCACAGUUCUAUUAUUUCCUGUGCUGAUUGAAACAGGCUGACAAAUCAGUGCCACUAAGACACAUCCAUGAGGUGCAGAAGGCAAUAAUACAGGACUUAAUACAGCAGUUUCCCCAUUUAUUUAAAUACUGUAUUUUUUACCUAUUAAACCUACACAUUUAGGACAAGAUGUGACUAUAGUCUGCAUGAUUUCAGAGCCGUGAGACCCUCCUUCCCCCAACUCCUGA